GUUAUAACCUCAUUACUUGUACACCUGACAAGAAUGGCAUCGGACAACAACAAACGGAAAGCUUCGGAGGAAGCCCUUUCCCCAGAUUCACAGCAACAGAGCAAGAAAGCGCGCACAGAUUCCCCGGAGAGGGAACCAAAGUCUGAAGGCGGACCACUGGGAAAGCCACCAUUGAGGAUCGUUCCUUUCCCGGAGAAGCCAGCCGUACUAGAAGAACGUCGAGGGGAGAUCGAAUUCCGGGUUGUUAAUAAUGAUGGUUCGCGCGACAGCUUUGUUGUCCUCACUGGACUGAAGUGCAUCUUUCAGAAGCAGCUCCCGAAGAUGCCCAAAGACUACAUUGCUCGACUGGUCUACGAUAGAUCGCAUUUGUCUAUCGCUAUUGUCAAACAUCCGUUGGAAGUAGUAGGAGGAAUCACAUAUAGGCCUUUCAAUAGUCGCAGAUUUGCGGAGAUUGUUUUUUGUGCCAUAUCUUCUGAUCAACAGGUCAAGGGUUACGGUGCGCAUCUAAUGUCUCACUUGAAGGAUUAUGUGAAGGCAACGUCGCCUAUCAUGCAUUUCCUGACAUAUGCGGAUAACUACGCUAUUGGGUAUUUCAAAAAGCAAGGGUUCACAAAGGAAAUCACACUGGAUAAGUCUAUCUGGAUGGGUUAUAUCAAGGAUUAUGAAGGAGGCACCAUUAUGCAAUGUACAAUGCUUCCAAAGAUACGGUAUCUUGAGAUUGGUCGUAUGCUUUUAAAGCAGAAAGAAGCAGUACACGCCAAGAUCCGUGCUUUCAGCCGAUCACAUAUCAUACACGCCCCACCAAAAGAAUGGAAAAAUGGAGCGUGUAAAAUCGAUCCGUUAAGUAUCCCGGCAAUCAAGCAAUCUGGAUGGUCACCCGACAUGGAUGAGUUAGCGCGUCAACCACGCCAUGGACCGAAUUACAACCAGCUACUACAUCUGCUGAACGAUAUGCAAAAUCAUAGUGCAGCCUGGCCAUUUACGCAGCCGGUCAAUCGUGACGAGGUUCCCGAUUACUACGAAGUCAUUAAGGAGCCAAUGGAUCUGUCGACCAUGGAAGAAAAACAUGAGAAGGACAUGUAUCCGACACCACAAGAUUUCAUUAAAGAUGCUAUGUUAAUCUUUGACAAUUGUCGAAGAUACAACAACGAGAAUACGCCUUAUGCAAAAAGUGCGAAUAAACUGGAGAAGUUUAUGUGGCAGCAGAUUCGAAACAUUCCCGAGUGGUCGCACUUGGCGGAUGGCCACUAAUCGAUUGAAUGAUUGCAUGAGCUUGGAGAGGUAGGAGUUUUGGCUGCUGGCGUUUGAAUUUUUGAAGACGGUGUCAUGAGCAAAUACCCAAUUGAUGCAUGGAGCAUUUCGGUUUCUUUUCUUUUUAAUAUGUAUUUUUAGGGUGAUAAAUUCGAGGGGAUCCGUGCAUUAGUCCUAUACCUUGGCAUUGUAUAGUUCCUCAUCCUUCUUUCUUUUUUUCUUUUUCUUUUUAUAUAUAUAAAAUUUCCUCCCUUCUCCUCUCUUGAACAGCCUAGGCGACAUUCGAUAUAGUCACAUUUCUAUU